AUGGGUAUGGUCAUAGCUACUGGAGAUUUCAAUGCCAUAUUGGAUAUUGAUGAGAAGGUGGGAGGUCUUCGAAAACCUUUGAAAGUGAUGGAGGAUUUUAGAGAUUUUGUAUCGAAUUGUAAGUUGAUCGAUAUCAUUCCUAAGAAUGGUAAAUUCACAUGGACUAGUAGAAGGCUAAACUUUGCCAAUAUAUCUGAAAGACUUGACCGAUUUCUGGUUGGCGAGAGGUGGAUUAGUUGCAAUUACUCCUUGGAAACUGAAAUUGUUCCCCAAAUUGGUUUGGAUCAUCUGCCAAUAUCCCUGUCCAUUGCCCAGGACACUCGCAGCAAGAAGAAUUACUUCAAAUUCUUGAGCAUGUGGUGGUGGGAUGAGAAGUUCCUUGACAAUCUGAAAGAUUGGUGGAAAGAAGGUAAUAUCUAUUCUGUGUCUCCUAGCUUUAAAUUUGUUAAAAUAAUUCAGUUCCUGAAAAACAAAAUAAAAGAUUGGAACAAGGUGUCAUUCAAAAAUGUUUUUGUGGAGAAAAGUAGAAUUGAGGAUGAGCUAGAAGAAAUUGGCAAUCGGGUAAUGCAAUUCGGUAUGACCAAUGUAGAAUUGGAAUUGGAGAAAAAACUUAAAACAUAG